CAAAUGAUAAACUUUUCUUUACUACCACAAAUUCUUUUGACAUAAAAAAUUAUUUUGUUACUAAAAACUUUGAUAAUAAAAAUUUCUUUUAUUAUGAUGUGAAAUAUAUUGACAUAUUUGAUACUACAUUAAAUAAAUGGGAAACAAAAAUCGAUUUCGCAGGAACGCCUAGUGAAUAUUUUGGUGAUUACUGCCUAUGGAUUUCUGAUAAUAAAACUGGAAAAUCCUAUUCGCUUCAAUGGAUUACUGAUGCUAUGGAUAUAUUUGAUACUAUCAAUUUUAAGUGGUCAGUUAAUACAAUUCCAAUACUAUAUUGGGAUUAUGUUGAUCAGUCUGUUUAUGGCCCUCCUCGAAUUUUGCUACCAAGUGGUAAAAUUAUACAUAUUGGUGGAAAAACGGAUAGUUAUAAAAAAUUAAUGGAGAGAUUGUUAACAUAUGAUACCAUUACUGACUCAUGGGAAAUAAUUAAUACGAUAGGUGAAAUACCUGAUGAACGUACUUUUCAUACAGCUGUUUUAAGUAAA